AAAGUGCUGACGUGUAAUUGUUUAAAAUAUUGGAUAUUACAUGGUGUAAAUUCAACAAAUAAGUGUACUGAAGUUCAGUGAUAAUUGGUUUAGGAUAUCGUCGAGAAAAAUGACAGUUUAUAGAAAACAGAAACCUGUCAAAAAACUGAUCAUUCCCGCUAAGCGAAAUAUAACCCAUACUAUGUAUACUGGCACCGCCGACUUUAACCGAAUGUUGGUCAGCUAUCAGCAGAUAAUGGAAUACCAGAGGAAUAGCGAAGGGAAAGCGAUUGCAAGUCAGCAUUUCAACCAAUUGGCUAUGGAAUGGAGUGCUCAUGAUGGUGAAAUUCCAUCAUCUUCGACAUCCCCUUAUCCCGCACGGCAAAUAUACAGCAUGGCUGCUUACAAUCAUCACCUAAUUGUCGAAGGAAAAGUCAAUGAUCUCGUCACGGCUUUUGACAAUAUAAAAAUGCCGCGAAUAAUAGUAGAGGUGAAGCAGGAGCUUCCUGAUGAUGAUUACGUUACGAUGACGUCCAAUUCUUCCGCAACAUCAAGUGACACGGAUGAUACAAAGGAUAACAUCCGCCUUCCGAUCAUGGAGAGAUUGGAUAGGGUUUUUAAACAACUGGACGAAAUCGUUAAACCAAACACUCCAGAACCACGCGAAUAUUUGGGAAUGGUCGAUGAUCCCGAUCGCGAUAUCGCACAAACAAGGGCCGAAGCAUGGGCGAGACAGAAUCAAGAAUACCAAAAUAAAUGCCCCGACUAUGAAUGGUUCCACAAAUAUAGGGAGCCACGACGACAGGCUGCGUCACCUCCUCCGCAGCCAAGAAAUGGGUGUGACAUAAAAACCAGUGCUGACCGGGAGGCUGCUGUCAACAAGAUCUAUGCUUUGGUGAAGGACAUAGAUAAUGUAAUAUACCGUAAGCCCAACAUAAAGAUAAAUCGCCCUCCGAUGUACUUCAGCUCACGUCACGGUGGCUCGAAUACGGCCUCGACCUCGACGUCGACUCGCCCUCGACGUGAUAUGAGAAAUCUGAAUAUUACUCCUGCGUCAACACCAAGCUAGCCGACGGAAUAGGAUAUUUUUUUAAUCUCGUUUGUUUUCGCUACAUCGCACGGUAACAAACAACAACAAAGAUAUUAUACUUUUGGUUAUACUUAAUUUUGAAAUUGACCCCUCUUUUAAAUAAUCACAUUCUAGGAACUAAAAGCUACAUAUUUCUUACUCUGUAAAGGUAAGUUACUAUAAGAUGUAUAUAAAUAGCAGUCAAAAUGGAGUUGGAAAUCGCAGCGUUUUAAGUCGUGGAUAUACGUCAAAUUUCUACAUUUGAGAUUGUUCUC